UCACACAACCUUAGAUUGGUAAGCAUGUGAUUUAACAUAACCGAAUAUACCAUUUUCACUAGAUCUGCCCUCUUUAACCAUACGAGUAUGGGUUUUCCAAGCACGUGGCGCUGGGCUCUGUUCAUCUGCGGUCUGGUCCUCAAUCAGCAGAUGAUUACUGCCACGCAUUUGUACCAUGAUCACGUGACAAUGACACGUGCCCUCAGACGGUACCAGGACAGAGAAGAGCUCGAAAACGAUCAGUUCGACGAUGAAGAAAUGGCUUCUUACCGAAACUCAACCUCUGGGGUUUCGAGACAUGCAAAAGCACAAAAGCGUUUCUUCUUCUUGGCAUUGUUCAUCGUCAGUUUAGUGGUCACGGUUGUUACAACAGUUGUGGAGACAGUUCAUGACAUUGCAGGAUGCUGUGGUCUUAGCUUUAAGGAUCUCUGUAACUUCGAGAAAAGGUUUGAUAACAGAAAGAAGGCUGUCACAGAUCAAUCGAAAGAACUGGACAAGAAAAUACAAGAAGGACUGGACGAAAAGAACGCUUUGGAAAAACUAGGAGAUGCUCUUCAAACCACGUGGAACGAAAUCGAGCGAAUUGUAACUCUACAAAGAGAAAUUCUAAAGGCUGUUAAUCCAAGAGUUUAUGUGGCGCUCAAGAACCGGAUAGAUGACAUAAAGAAUAAGAACAAGCUUGAACUGAUGUCCAUAUCUGACAUUGACAAGAAACUCUCGCCGCUUGAGCAAGGUCUCAAGCAAUCCAUAUCAUGGGGAAUGGGUGUGGCUGCGCCCAUGGUCGGGAAAUUAGCGAGUUCUGCGCUCAAACAUGUAAAGAUUGGAAAGAUAUACAAGUCGCUCAAGGCCCCCAAGGCAUCAAGCAUCUUCAAUGCCGGAACAAAAGCUCAGAAAAUGAUGGGAUUCUCCGACGAGACAGCUAAGGGGUUUCUCAAGGCAACGGCGAAAGCUCGUUUUGCAGCAACUGGUUCUAAGGCGAUGAAAUUAAUGAAACUGAUGAAGGGGGCAGGUGCCGUAAUGUCGAUUGUAAGCAUUGGAAUGGACAUGUAUAGCAUGAUAAGCACACUCGUCGAAUGCGGUAGAAAAGAGGGUAAAGCGAGGGCAGCGAUGGGAGAGGUGAAAAAGGCCGAGGAUGAUGUCACAAAAAAUGAGAGAAAAUUCCAGGAGUUCAAAACAGAACUGCGAACAUUCGAGACGAAGACAUUACUGCCACAAGUCAGAAAUGUUGAGUUUAAGAAUGCCCUAGAUGGCGUCAAGUCAGUUAUCGGGUGUCUAGACAGGACUGUCAAGCGUGACUGGGACGUUUCAGGAUGUUUGCAAAAAUUUGACAUCGUGAAAAACACUUUGGAUGAAUCGUCUGGUCACAAAGUCAUCACAGCCAAGCUGAACGAUCUUACCUCCAGCUGCUUAAAGAAAUUGAAAUACACAUUGGAAUGCAAGCUAAACAAAGUCAAGAUGAUAAAGCAUGUAGAGGAUGGCUGUAUGGAAGGAGAAAAGACGUUCGAUGAACUUUUCCAAGAUGCAGCUUUAUUGUACAAUGCGAAUUCGGAAAAAUGCACCAACAUCCGCGGAGAACCGUACACCACCAAAGCCGAGCUCAAGCGCUUGAUCGAGAGGUCAGCAGCGAUGAAGAGUUACGACGCUGAUUGCCGGAAGAAUGGCCAAACCCUACCGAAUGAGCUGAGCAAGAGAAAGCGAAUCGAGAUCUGUGAAUUAAGGGGUUACGGCGAGACCAAUGAAUAUAUCGCAAAAUACCUCCGUGUGCCGGUGGAGAAGGUCAGACAAGUCAUGUGUCCCCCUGAGUAAUCCAGCUCAUUCGCAAGUUGAAAACAAGUGGGGAAACAGGUUUGAGAGUCUGGUAAAAAGGAUUGUGGGAAUACCUACGAUCCCACAAACCCUUGCGGGCUCUAAGCCUCUUCCCAAAUCCACAAACUCUUGUUUUGUAAUAUGCAAUUGAAAGAGCUGUAAAUUAAAGAUUUUAAAAAAUCA